CCCUUUCUUGAAGAUCUAGUGCCCUCUGACCUGUGCCACUCUGAAGAGUAAAGAUGGCUGCUGAUACCUCUGUUGAAAUACUUCAAAAAGUCCUGGAGAAUGAAAUACUUCAAACCACCAAGAUAGUGGAGGAACGCCUAGAUGCCGAAAUGCAGAAACUUGACCAAAUGGAUGAAGACGAAUUGGAGCUCCUCAAGCAGAGGAGGCUUGAAGCAUUAAAAAAGGCACAGCAGCAGAAACAAGAGUGGCUUUCAAAAGGACAUGGAGAAUACAGAGAAAUCCCAAGUGAGAGAGACUUUUUCCAAGAAGUUAAAGAAAGUAAAAAUGUGGUUUGCCAUUUCUACAGAGAUACAACUUUCAGGUGCCAAAUAAUGGAUAGACAUUUGACUGUAUUGGCAAAAAAGCAUAUUGAGACAAAAUUCUUGAAACUAAACGCUGAAAAAUCUCCAUUCUUGUGCGAGAGACUGCGCAUCAAAGUAAUUCCCACUCUAGCACUAGUAAAAGAUGGAAAAACACAAGACUACAUUGUUGGCUUUACUGAUCUUGGCAAUACUGAUGACUUCACUACAGAGACCUUAGAAUGGAGAUUAGGCUGUGCAGACAUAAUUAAUUACAGUGGAAACCUGAUGGAGCCACCUUUUCAAAGCCAAAAGAAAUUUGGCACCAGCUUUACAAAGUUGGAUAAGAAGACCAUCAGAGGGAAGAAAUAUGAUUCAGAUUCUGAUGAUGACUAGAAGAACAGUUAAAUGUAUUUGUAAACCAUCUUUUGUUUAUGCUUGGUACAUUUAUAAGAAUGUUUUUUAUAAAGCAUAUUGUUUUUCAUUGCAUCUGCACAUAAUGCUCAUUUUUCUAUACAGUUUUAUACAACUGAGUCAUAGCAGAAGAAAACUCAAAUAUUUUUUCUUUUCUCUUUUGAAAGUCAUUUGUAAAUCAGAAAUCUGAGUCCUUCAAAGUAAGUAAUACGUGGUAAAUUCAGUUUGUCUAAAUGUGAGUUUAUGGAGUGUUUUAGAAUACCUGUUAGAAACAACUGUACCAAGUUAGACCAAAGGUCCCUCUGGCCCCAGCAUCUGGUCUCAAUGGCCAAAAGCAGAUGCACGUGGAAGAGCAGAAACAGGGUAAGCAACUAAUGGU